AUGGGGAGAGAAAACAAACAACCCCCGCGCCGAGGCGGUGAGCGCGUACAUUUACUGUCCCUCGCCGAUCUUUUGGAAGUCCGCAUCGCCAUGGCCCAGAUCCAAGACCUCAAUGCCCACGACCGCCCUCCGGAGGCUGUCCGGCUUUGUUUCAAGAAAUACUCCAAGCUUCCUCUGUCGGAAAUUGACAAUGAUCCCGGCAUCCUCGAUCUACAGCGGGUGGAUCCGGACAACCUACCGCCUAGCCUGAGCAUCUCGCAGUACAUGUCCAGCCAAGAGCUCCGACUGGCAUUCGAUGACUUCAUUCGCGGGGGACAUGCGUCCGGUCAAGACCAUGCUCCCUUGGCGGAGAACAUGCCAGUCUAUACUCACAACUCGGUUUCCGGUCUCUUGAUGAUACCCUCCAUAUUCCCUCCCACCGUCCAGACCGAACUCCUGUCACGCCUGCUCCACCGAGACCUCCCUAACCCGGAACAUAAAACCAAUCUGCACCUGCAUUACGACGUCACAUACCCGGAAGGAACAGACAGCACUGCCACCACAAAGUCGUUCUUCGCAGACGAUCCUACACGCACACUACAGCCAAAGGAUCCUUCAGUUCACAAGCCUCUGCCCAUCCAGAGUGUGCUCGAGAAGAAGCUCCGCUGGGUCACGUUGGGUGGCCAAUACAAUUGGACCGACAAGGUCUAUCCUCCCGAAGCCCCGCCGCCAUUCCCACAAGACGUCGCGAAGCUGUUGAAGGCUGCGUUCCCCGAGACUGAGGCGCAAGCGGCGAUCCUGAAUUUGUAUUCUGCUGGCGAUACCUUGAGUGCGCAUCGAGAUGUAAGCGAGGAUUGCGAUGUGGGCUUGAUCAGCAUCAGCUUUGGGUGCGAUGGCUUGUUUCUCGUUAGCCACGAUGACGGGAAUGCGGCAGAGGUCAUUCGGCUUCGGUCAGGUGAUGCCGUCUACAUGAAUGGAACUUCUCGGUUUGCCUGGCAUGGAGUCCCUAAGAUUUUGCCCUCUACCUGCCCGAGCUGGCUGGCAGAGUGGCCAUCUGCUGGGCACAAUGCGCCGGAUGCUCUUAUUGAUCCUUAUGAGAUGUGGAAGGGCUGGAUGUCUGGCAAACGGAUCAAUCUAAAUGUGCGCCAGAUGAAUAUCCCACAUGUUCCGUGA